CUGGUAUAGUGAGACGAAGAGCAAUGAUUGUUGGACUGUGUUCCGUGAUAUUGUGGUUCGUAAUUUUCCCCAAGGGAUUGUGUAAGCAGAGACUCACGAACCACAUAAAUGACAACUCAAUACAGUACUUCGAGCAAUUCACCAACAUUACUAUACCGAUAAUGAUACAUUUCGAUAAAGAACUAACUCUUAAACUGCGGAAGUCAUCACCACACAGAACUAGAUACGCUAUGAAGACGAUAUCGAAAAAUGUAUUGAAAAAAGUUGAGAGGUUAUUCUUGCAGCCAUCGUUAAAUCAAAGAAUAAAGCUGGAAUUGAUAGACGCUAGAAGUUUAAAGAGAAGAUUAGUGAAUGACACAAAUAUAUCAGUGUAUUUAAAGAGAUAUUGUACAUGGCAAGGAGAGAGGAAAAAUUUAAGGAAAAUGAACUAUUUUUCAGUACUUCUUACCGGGUUGGAUAUGUAUCAUUUAAACAGGAUGAGAAAAAAUUGGAAAGCGACAGGUCGCACCUACAAAGGCGGAGUAUGCAGCACCUACUUCAGUUGCACAUUAUUGGAAUGGAAGCCAAGAAAUAUUGUCUAUCUGUUGGCCCAUGAAAUUGCACAUAGUCUUGGAGUGGCUCACGAUGACGACGCCCGCUGUUUGGACAAGAGGCACAUUAUGACAAGGCAGUACAACCCACAUAGGAGACCUAACACGUGGUCUGUGUGCAGUCGAUUGGCUACGCUGAAAUUCUUGACGAGCCAAGCCUCUCAGUGCCUGAAAAAUGUUUUUUAAAUAAGUAAAUGUGAUAUUUUUUGUGUUAAAUAUAUUAUUUAUUGUAAAUAAUUAAAUGCCAAUAGAAAAAUUAGUAUUCCUAAAAUGUAAUUAUGCCUAGUAUAAAAAUAAAGUUAUUGUAU